AUGCAGUGGCAUAGUAUGUUAGAAGAUGCCAACAAUGUGUGCUCCAAGUACAUCUGGCAGGACCCAGGAAACGGGCCUUUUUUGCUGUGGGAUCCGCCCGGUGGAACAUCAUUCCCUCCAAGUCUGAUUUUAAAUACUGUUGAUGUUCCCUACUUUUUGUUUUUUUCAGGUCCAAGUACUUUGGAUAAUAUUGUAGAAGAUGUUACACAUCCCUGUAACCCAAAUCCCUGUGCUGCAAAUCAAUUGUGUGAAGUAAACAGAAAGGGGUGUCAGCCUCUUGAACCUUGUCUUCCCUAUUUUUGUGUGCAGGGCUGCAAGUUGGGUGAAGCUUCUGAUUUUAUUGUCCGCCAAGGUACGCUCAUCCAAGUACCAUCUUCUGUAGGAGAUGUUGGUUGCUAUAAAAUUUGCACAUGUGGCCAGAAUGGUUUGUUAGAAAACUGUAUGGAAAUGCAUUGUGUUGAUCUCCAAAAGUCAUGCAUUGUUGGAGGGCAACGAAAAAGUCAUGGAACAUCUUUUAAUAUAGACUGCAAUGUCUGUUCCUGUUUUUCUGGGAAUUUGAUAUGCUCUACUCGUCAGUGUCUAAAUGAAUUAAGUUCAGAUGAUGAACGUCACCUGUUUACAGGUCUUCCAUGUGACUGCGCUGAUCAGUUUGUCCCAGUAUGUGGGCAGAAUGGACGUACCUAUCCAAGUGCAUGUAUAGCACGUUGUGUUGGGCUUCAUGAUAAUCAGUUUGAAUUUGGGUCCUGCAUAUCUAAGGAUCCUUGUAACCCUAAUCCCUGUCCCAAAAAUCAGAGAUGUUUACCAAAGCCACAGGUUUGUUUAACAAGUUUUGAGAACUUUGGGUGUAACCAAUAUGAAUGUGUGCCGAGACAGUUCAGUUGUGGUGACCAGUUGCGAGAUCCUGUUUGUGACACAGAUAAUAUAGAAUAUAAUAACCUCUGUGCUCUGCACCAAAAAGGAAAAAUUAUAUCAUACAAAGGUCCAUGUCAGUCCUUUUGCAAAUCAGUAGAUUUGGUAUGUGGCCAUAACGGAGAAACUUAUAGCAACAUAUGUGCUGCCUUUUCUGAUCGUGUGGCUGUUGAUUACAGUGGACCUUGUCAAGCUGUAGGAGUCCUUUCUGACUACAGUUAUCAAGGGGAAUGUGUAUCUGUUACAUGUUCCCAUCUUUCAGCAACGGGAUACAAGCCAGUUAUCCCACCAGGAGCUUGUUGUCCUUUGUAUGCAGGAAUGUUGAGGGUCUUAUAUGACAAGGAAAAAUUGGAUACUUUUGCCAGGAUAACCAACCAAAAGCCAAUCACAGUGCUUGAAAUACUUCAAAAGAUCCGUCUCCAUGUUUCUGUACCACAGUGUGAUGUGUUUGGAUACUUCAGCAUAGAAUCUGAAAUUAUAAUUCUUAUCAUUCCUGUUGAUCAGAAUCCUAAACUGCUUCAGAUUGAAGCGUGCAAUAAAGAAGCAGAAAAGAUAGAAUCACUGAUCAACUCAGACAGUCCUGCUUUAGCAUCCCAUGUGCCUCUCUCAGCGCUUAUUGCAGCCCAGGUGGAAGUUUCAUUCAAGAUGUCCUCUUCCCACAGUCAAGUUAUAUCAGCAGAGUAUUUGGUCUUUUGGAGCCUUGUGCUAAUUUUCUCAGCCAUCAUGUGUAAUACAUAGUCAAAACAAAAAAUGUUCAAAUAGACUUUGGUAUUUGAUUUGCGAAAGACAUUCAGAUCUAGUGAGGUAAUAAUAAUGUCAUAAUCUGCGGACCUAUUUGUGGGCCCACACAAUACCAGCUAUGACAUUUUAAUUACAAAAUUAGAUUAUUUGGCAUUAACUUAGUGUUUAAUAUACAGCAAAUAAGCACUGCUGCACAGUAUAACAAAGAUGUUUUCUUCAGUGCUGAAGGCAGCAUACUACGGUCACUGUGGUGCUUAUGUGUACACACUCAUUUCUUUUAGCCCUGUUCAGUCAGGCUUGUUUGGAAAUGUCUACUGUAGGGUUUUGAAUGUCCUGGCAAGGGAGGCUAAGCUGGCUUCAGAUCUCUGUACAUGGAAAAUCAUUUUUAGUCAGAUAGCUUGCUGCUAUCAUGGGUCUUGUGAUUUCUUACUGAUGAGUUCAAUUAUUUUUUAAAAUAAUAACUUUAGUGUUCUAACUGUUUUGGAUCAUUAGAUGCCCUGAGCAUUAUUUUAGUGGCAAGGCAAGAUAUAAAUUAAAGGAAUAAAUUAUUAAAUAAAUAUUGUUGGAUCUUUUAAACUGACAAUAGUAACAGGGCAUACUAAAUGAGUGUAUAUGCAUCAGGUAUAUAACAGAUAUAUAGCACGCUUUUUUCAGUUCUGGGAAAUUUUCUUCUGUCACAAGCCUUAAACUGCACCUCAGCACCCAAGUGUCAGUAUAAGUCAGGCAAACUUUUUGGAAGCAUUAUUUUUUAACAAGCAUAUGCUCAGUUGCAUUUUUAUCAGUUUUUUUCCCCAUUAUUAUCCUUUAAACCAUGAAUAAUAAUUCUAAACCUAGCUUAUCCAAAGAAAGUUAUUAAGCAGAAUUAGAAGUACAAGGGAAAAAUUAAAGACAUAGAUGCCAAAUAACAUUCAAGGGUAUAUUUUCCUCACAUUAUGCAAGUGUGCGCUUUCCUCUGUGCUGUGCAAGGAUGCCAUAGUGUGUAUGCCAAUGCCAAUUUCUAUUUUGCACCCAAGUAAUCCAUAUAGAAGCGCACGUGAUGCAUCUAUUCUGCAUAUGCGAACAGCUUAUUGAGAGGCAAGGUUGAAUCAAAGUAAUGGUUUUAGUUUCCCUUGAAGAUGAAAUUGGUGUGUGUGCAUGUAUGUGUAAUUGUGUGUAUAAUUUUCACAGCUGACACAUAUUUUAUAAGGUUAAAAAGUUAUUUUUAUAUUACUUUAGAGCAGGGGUGCAAAAAGUGCAGCUGGAUGGUCACAUGCAGCCCUCAGUGCAAUGGAAAUAGCACACCCCUGAUUUAGAGGUAUAUUAUUCAGAAUAUCCAUUUUAAAAAUUAGUAUUUUGAAGGAAAAUACUGCUGCUACUAAAUAAAUGUACCAAAAAUGAAUAAGUUUUCAUGUAGAAUCCUAGAAUCAUAUUACUGGAAGUAAAUACAUAAUGAAGAAUAUAGCCAUGGGCCUUAUUCUGCAAAGAAUGUGAAGUAAAAUUACACGUGCACAGAAGAAUUUGCUGAAUAUUGUUGCCCCAUUGUCAGUCAUGUUUUAAGUAGUUUUCUUUCUUGUGUUAAAAUGUAUAAAAUGUGCAGCUUGAAUAACAAACAUUGUUUACACUGACUUUCUUUGAAAAGUGAUAUGAUAAAGAGCAUUAAGAUAUUUGUGAAUGUCACUCUAAAUAAUGCAGUAUUUCUAUAUUAUUCUAGAUACUGUGGUAAGGAUAUUACACUAUUACACUCCUAGUGGGUUACUAUUUUAUGCAAAGUGUGUAUCAGAGGACAAAAUCCAGCAGGAAAGUCUUCUGUACAAAUCAUAAACAGAAACUGUUCAGGUGCUAGAGAGAGAUUAUUACAUGAUAAUCUGCUGGAUUAUGCUCUUAUACUUUUUGUGCACCUGACCUUUUCUAAUAUUUUGUUAUCAGUAUUAUUAUAGGUCACUUUGAAGUAUGUAUAAAUAGCACCAUCUGUGCCAAAUUGUUAAAUAUUAAAAUACGAAGUGAAAACUAUUUUAGCAUCUUUGUUGGCAACAGUUU